CGCCGUGGCCACUCCGAUGCAGCCGGGCUUCCCCCCCACCCGAACACCGAAGGAGCUGUGCUGGACCGCUACUCCGUCUACCGCCGAGUCUUGCUUCCUCUUCAGGAUCCAGUUUAAGAAUUCCCGCCCAGGGCGUUCUUCAAACACGCAACCCACCGACCCCAGCAUGCUUUGCGCUUUCCGCCGUACAAAAACAUGGCGGCGCCCACGGCUCCACCCAUAUCCCAGCAUGCACCGCAGAGUAGGCUCGGCCAUUCAGAUGGUCAGGAAGAUGGCAGGCUCUGGGGCGGAGCCGCAGAUCCUCGUACAGUACUUAGUGUUACGAAAGGACCUAGCGCAGGCUCCUUUCUCCUGGCCCACGGGCGCACUGGUAGCGCAGGCCUGUCACGCCGCCACCGCAGCCUUGCAUCUUCACCGAGACCAUCCGCACACGGUAGCGUACCUCCGGGAGCUGGGGCGCAUGCGCAAGGUGGUUCUCGAGGCUGCUGAUGAGACCACCUUGAAGGAGCUGGCUGAGGCCCUGCAGCAGAAGGACAUCGACCACAUGCUGUGGCUGGAGCAGCCAGAAAACAUUGCCACGUGCAUCGCCCUCAGGCCAUACCCCAAGGAAGAAGUGAGCCAGUACUUGAAGAAGUUCCGAUUGUUCAAGUGACUGCUGUUCCGGUAGAACUGGAUGCCAGCUGGGUCCGGGAGCCAAAUGCUCUCCAUCCUGAAGCGCUGUGGACUCCUUUCAAUGUUGAUGUGCUCUUCCCCUCCAGUUAUGAUGGUUUCUUAAGAGCCAGCCCAGAUUCAGAUUAAAGCCAUCAUUAACAAGUA